GGGCCGGCAGGCGGCUGGCUCCCUGCGGCACCCGGGCUCGCCCCGACACCGGUGAGAGCGGGGGCGGCUCCGCACCUGCGGGGUCCCGGCGGGGACGGGUGCUGCCCUUUUUUUUUUUUAAAUAAUUUCUUUUUUUUUUUUCGAUGGAUUUGGUUUGGUUGUUCGUUUGGUUUGUUUGUUGAUUUUUUUUUUGUUCGUUCUUGUUGUUUCGGGGUUUUUCGCGGGAGAAGCGCAUCGCGGGAGACGGCGCUGCUGCCGCCGUCCCCUCGGCCGGUGCCGGCUGCGGACACUGGGGGAAGGUUCCCGGCAGCUCCGUGGGGCUGGCGCUUGGACAGCAGCAGCCCCGGCUAGCCCGGUCUCUCAGGGGCGAUUUCACACCCUCCUUCACUUGGCACCACCCUAAAUGUCGCUUUAACGAUCAGGGAUUUCCGAGAAAUGAACCCAGGAAGUAAUGUGAAAGGUCAUGUGAAACUCUGUCAUAGCAGAAAUUUUCUAAAAGAACGCUUUACCUAUGCUAAGCUCCAUGGAAAAGUAACAGACAAAAGAACCUUCUGCCAGACUCUUGAUUCCUUGAAUGACAAAUCUCCAGGGCGUUCCACAAGUCGAUCAAGUAAUAUUUCAAAGGCAAGCAGUCCUACAACAGGAACAGCUCCCAGGAGUCAAUCUCGGUUGUCUGUCUGCCCCUCCACUCAGGACAUUUGUAGGAUCUGUCACUGUGAGGGAGAUGAUGAAAGCCCCCUCAUCACGCCGUGCCGCUGCACGGGCACCCUGCGCUUUGUGCACCAGGCCUGCCUGCACCAGUGGAUCAAGAGCUCGGACACGCGCUGCUGCGAGCUCUGCAAGUACGACUUCAUCAUGGAGACCAAGCUCAAGCCCCUCCGCAAGUGGGAGAAAUUACAGAUGACAACAAGUGAGAGGAGAAAAAUUGUGUGUUCAGUCACAUUCCAUAUAAUUGCAAUUACCUGUGUUGUUUGGUCAUUGUAUGUUUUAAUUGACAGAACUGCUGAAGAAAUUAAACAAGGCAAUGAUAAUGGUGUCCUCGAAUGGCCGUUUUGGACAAAACUCGUUGUGGUGGCCAUUGGAUUCACAGGAGGCCUGGUCUUCAUGUAUGUGCAGUGUAAGGUUUACGUCCAGCUGUGGCGCAGGUUGAAAGCCUACAACAGAGUGAUCUUUGUUCAGAACUGCCCAGACACCAUCAAAAAACUGGAGGAGAAAAGCUCUCCGUGCACUCAGCCCUCGGAGCUGAAGGACGCGGUGGUGGUGCCAGUAGCACAGACAGGUACAAACUCUCAGCCGGCAGCGGAAGAGGCGACGUCGGAGGUCAUGCCAGUUUGACACGGACAGCACUGCUUCUUCCUCGCAGAGUAAGCUGUAGUGUCUGCUACACUACAAAUGCUACAAGAAAGUAGAAAUGACUGUGCAUUUUUUCAGUUAAAGAAGACUCCAACCAAACGACAAAAAAAUUACCCCAUACAAAAACCAAAACUGUACAAGGAAAAUGGAUCCAGCGAAGCAACUUGUUACUGUAAGGAAUGUGGCCGUUCGUGAUGUAAUUUCGCAACUAGUCAGCAAGUGUAGUGAAAGUGGAAGUGUACAAAGUGCAAUAGAGAACAGGUUUAAUAGACAAUGCCAAACCUAUUUAACAAUGUACUUUUGGUCUUUUUUCCUAACUGGGCUGGCUGGGAAAGUAGAAAACAGAAGUGAUACAAUGAUUUUGUUUACAGAAGACACAAACCCUUUCAUCUGUUUAUUACUAGAAGUUGUUUUUGCUAUUUACCUUUUCAAAGAUACACUUCAAAGGGUACCAAUCCAAGUAAUAUGAUUAACAGAAUCAAAGUACAGAGAGUUGUAUUGCAGCACUCCCUCUCUAAGCCUCAUACGGUAACACCUUCAUGUGACUGUAGUUGAGCCUCAAUGUUUGGGCAGCUGUGUCAACUAUGGAUAUUUGAACCAGUUGUUUUUAACUGUGGCUGGAUUUUUGAAAAGUAAGCAGUUCCAAUCAGUAUAAACUCACAUCUCCAUAAGCUGCAGAUAGUUUUUUUUUUAAAUAUCAGGGAAGUAAGGAAGGAGACAAUAUGUAGAUGUGCAUUUAGAAUAGCAGCUCCACUGUUUAUUCUACUUUAUAGGAGUGAAUUAGGCAUAAAUUGGAUACACAAGGUAUUGAGGCAGAAUUGUAAAUGAAAAAAAAAAGCAGUUUACUGCAGUAUUACACAGAAGUAAAUUUUCUGUUAUCAAAGGUCUGAAAAGGGUGACAUUCUGAAGAUGGAAGCUACUUUUGGUUUUAUUUUUUAAGAUUCAUGAUACAGAAAGGUAGAUGUAAUAGAACAUACCUACCUACAUAUCUUAAGAAAACAUUAGUUUUUAUCUCCUUGUUCUAAAAAGCUAGUUUUUAUCUUCCUGACUGAAAAAAACAGAUCAAUGGUUUCCUUCUGUACAGGUAAACUUAAGGUGUUAGAAAUUCAACAGUUCAGUUGUUAAUUUUGUGUUUUGAGCACUGGCAUAUAAAAAUGAAGUGUGAAUAGCAUUAAAAGGUGCAGUAGAUAAAUGAAUGUAGAUAUAAUCCUAUGUCCAACAGGGUGAAUUAUGUAUAAGGAACCAAUUUUGUGAUUCACUUUGCAAAACUGUGGUGUUUACUAUAAGGACACAAGAGCAAGUAUUGACUCGGAGUAGUUAUGUACUGGUGUGCACAAGUCUGGGGCCUGAACAUAAUGUGCAUUUUAAAAAGAAGUUGAAAGUUCUUUUUUAAAUCUUGUAUUUAGUAAAGGAGGAAAAGCAAAAAAGGAAAUAAAGAACCAGAGUAAUGAGGACAGGAGAGUAGAGAUUCACUUAAAGGAGGGGGUAUCUGCCACAAUUACAAGUGAACUGGAGUUCUACCGAAGCCUUGAAGUUUCUACUGGAAAAUUUUCUCUUUGUAUAUUCAAAUAUUUACAGUGAAAUAACAGACUCAGCCCAUUCUUGCAAAUACCCAGGCUUUUGGGCCUAAGAUGUAUUGGAAUUUAAAUACUAGGUAUUCCUUUGUGAAUGUUUACUGGCUUAAGGCUCAGGGAAUACUAGCAGUGUUAGCAAGAAAUGUGUCUUCAAUCAGAUCAUUAUAUUCUUUUGUACUGGAAUUGCUCUUGUAAUUUGGCUGUGACUAAGUGAUGGUUAUCUGGCUUAAACAGGACACAAAAUCUUGGUGCUUUAAUGGGUCCUUAAUAUAUGUCAAUAUUUGCUGUCAGUUACUCCAGGUGAGUUGGAUUAAUGUUGAAGUUUUUUCAUGUAAUGGCACACACUUUUUAUAUAAAAUAAUUUCCCAACUAUACAACUGCAACUUCUAAUUGUAGCAGCUUCUUAUUUGAAAUGACAUACAAGAGAACCAAAUCAUUUCUCCAUUUAAAAUUGUGGAGGAGAUUUCAGAAGGUCUUCAGAGCAUGACGACAGGACUAAGGAAUGUCUAGUAACUGCACAUGCUUAAGAUAGUCUGCAAUGGCAUGGUUUUCAAAAAGCUACUUGUUAAAAGGUAACUCUCAUGAUAGCUGACAUCAGACGCAUAAAAUUACUAACUGCAUCUGAAUGUUUGGAAGGAUGUUUACAAUAAACCUCAGUAAAAUUUACUGACAAGGAACAUUAUUAUGAAAGAUAAUUAAGAGCUUUCUGAAAUAAUAGUUCUUACUUCUUACUUUCAUUUAUUACUUAAGUGAAAGUAACCCUGCUUCUUUAGCCAGCUUGUUCUUUGACUGCAGUAGCAUCAUGACCCAUUGAAAGUACUUUAUCCUCUAUUUUGUCAGCUUACUGGAGAGUAAUUUGCAUUGGAUUUUUUUCCUUGAAGAAGUAUAAAAUUCACCUAGAAGAAGAAAAUACCUGAAGAUUCUGAAAGCAGAACUGUAGCAUCCAACAAGAUUUUACAUUUUUUAAAAACACACUGAAGAGUCAGCAACAGAAAAGACAAUGUGAAAACUUUUAUACCAAUGCCUUCAACUUCAAACACUGUUCUGGCACUCAACCAUAUAUGCAACUGAGUUUACAGUUAAUUAAAUAAUAGAAAGCAGAAAGACUUCAGUUGAAACUCCUCCUCUCCCUUGGAAAUACUGAAUGUGGACAGCAGGAAAAGGAGUAAAAUGGGACACUGUCUGCUGAGGUGGACAAUGAGAAGUCACCAGCAAGAGAGAUUUCAGCUGGCUUGAAGCAGCCUUUAACCUUUUAAAGCAUUACAGUGUUAACCUGUGCAUCCCUUUCUCUUCUUAGAUGCACUGGAUUUUCUAGAGCUUUCAGGAAUUUCGUGCAGUAUUGGAAUUAGUUUCUGAAGCAGGGUGCAACCUCUUCAAGAGGGCAAGGAGCUAUUCACACCACCAUGCCUUGAAUUCCGGUCUUCAGUAAUAAGGAAAGUAUAAGGAUAGAGAAACUAGACAGAUCCUUAUGAACCAAUACUUUUUCAUUCCCAAACAAAGUACAAUUUUCUGUAUUAAUUUAUUUACCACAGUAUUCUAUCCUGGAAAAAAAAACCCACCAAAACCACACAACUAGGCAGAACAGUAUACUGAAGGUUUUAAGAUUAAGUCUAAAGACUUUUUAAUGAAGAUACCAUCUCAAAUAAAGAACCAUAUCAAACUCCUAUGUAGCCACAGUGCAGCUCUGGCAAAUAUGCUGACAGUGGAAUUUGGCCUGGCUAAACCCACAAGGGCAGAACCUGGCUCUGUGCUGCCAUUAGCAAGAACAGCUUGUUCAACCUAAGUUUUAAUAAAGGUAGGUAGAAGUAAUUUGGUGUCAGGUCAGAUCUGGAAGUUUGAUCAAGAUAUUCCUGUAUUCACUCCUGUGAACAUGCACAUUUCUUUUCCUGUGUUUAAGUUACAAGCAUUAUAAUGUUUAUUUCAAAUUGGCAUAAACAUACCACUUUUGACUAUCAGUAGCAUUACAAAGAUUCUUGACUAGUCCAACUGUGCCAUUCACACACUGCUCUAUCUGAAGGUAGUGUUUAUUUUUGUUGUGUAGAAAAAAUAACUCCCCAUCUCCAGAACAAACAGUUUAUAAUUUCCAAUAAUGCAAUGAAACUUACUCUGAUGAAAGUAUUUUACUGUGUAUAAUAUUCGGAACUACAAGUUUGUGUUAUUUGUUUAACUCCCUCUCUUUUGCAAAAGAAAAAGUGUAUGUUUUUGUGGGUGAAUGUGUACUGGAAGACAGAAGGUAAGGGAAACAAAAGUAAUGUAUCUGCUUAAUGUUGUGAAAAAAUGUAUUUGUAUUAAACAAAUUACUCAAAGUACUGCAGUAUUCUACAUUUGUCACCUUGUUACCUAGAGCAUCACAUGGUGAACAUGGAUUGGCAAGACCACACUCUUGCAAGAAAGGUGAACAAUAUAACUCAGUUGCGUACUUAAUACUGAUAAACCUGCUAACUUGCAAGGGACUACUUCUGGGUACCCCACCUUGGCAGAAUGCUCAGGAAAAUACCUAAUAGUGCAAAAACAUUGAAAAGACUUACAGUUGCUUAACUUGCAGGCUUCAACCCUAUAAAGAAGCCUAGAAAGCAACUGGUUUUGCAUCCAUAGAAUAAUGGACAACUAGUAUGGGGUUUCAACUCCAGGGAGGUAAGAGGACAAAAGCUGCCUAAGGAAAGCAGUGCCUUGGUACAAAC